CUGAAGACAUGUCAAUUGGAUAGACCUGACCUUUCUCGCCAACCAACCUCCAAACUUGCAGCUGUGCUUGUUCUACUAUAUGAGCAAGCUGACGAGCUCAGGGUGUUACAUAUUAACGACACGGUCCAAGUCACUGCGUGCACAUCCAGAACAGACAGCGUUACCGGGCGGGAAAGCGGAUGAGGGAGAUGAGAGUUUAGUCUGGACUGCUCUUCGCGAAGCAAAUGAAGAAGCCGGUCUACCUGUUCCGCCCACAUCGUCAAAUAUACAUUUUAUCACGACACUCCCGCCUUUUCUCUCUGCAUCGCAGUUGUUGGUGACGCCUGUCGUUGUGCUUUUAUCUUCGCCGCCUCCACUCGUCCCUUCGUCGUUGUCAUCAUCGACUUUGGAUAGCUCUUCGAAUGCAACCAACACGCCACCCAACUCCUCUUCCCACCCAAUCCUCACUUCCCUAACUCCCUCUAUCACAGCAGUAGACUGGAUAUUCGAUCAUCCACUCUAAGCGACGCUAGACCCUCGUCUUUUGUUGAACAAGGGGGAGUCGCUCGUGGAUGUUGGAGAGGACUGGCCAUAUAAUGCUGGGGAUGUGUAUGUGAGUUGUCGGCC